GGACGCCGCAGAAAUACGACCCGACUUUCAAAGGUCCCAUCUAUGACAGGGGCUGCACCGACGUCCUCUGCUGCGUCCUGCUGGUCAUCGCCAUCGUGGGCUAUGUGGUGGUGGGCGUCGUGGCCUGGACCCACGGGGACCCCCGGAAGGUGAUCUACCCCACCGACAGUCGCGGGCAGUUCUGCGGGCAGCAGGGAACCCCCAACGAGAAGAAACCUUUCCUCUUUUACUUCGACAUCGUGAAGUGCGCCAGCCCGCUGGUGCUGCUGGAGUUUCAGUGCCCGACCACCCAGAUCUGCGUCAGCAAAUGCCCGGACCGGUACCUGACGUACCUGAGCGCCUACAGCUCCCGCACGCCCAACGAGCUGGAGUACUACCAGAACUUCUGCGUCCCCGAGUUCAAAAACCUGCAGAAGCCUCCCAUCGAGGUGCUGAAGGACAGGGAGUGCCCGGCCAUGAUUAUCCCCAGCACCCCACUGGCGCGGCGCUGCUUCCCGGCCAUCCGGGCCAAGAAGGGCGUCAUCAUGGUCGGCAACGAGACCACCUACGACGAUGGCCAUGGGCGCCGGAGGAACGUCACCGAGCUGCUGGAAGGGGCCAAAAAAGCCAACGUGGUCCUGGAAGCCAGACAACUGGCCAUGAAGAUCUUUGAAGAUUACACGGUUUCCUGGUACUGGAUAAUAAUAGGCCUCGUGAUCGCGAUGGUGGCUAGCUUCAUCUUCAUCGUCCUGCUCCGCUUCCUGGCCGGGAUCAUGGUUUGGGUGAUGAUCGUGAUGGUGAUCCUGGUGCUGGGCUAUGGAAUCUUCCACUGUUACAUGGAAUAUGCGAAACUAAAAGGGGAAGCGGGUUCUGACGUCUCCCUGAAGGACCUGGGAUUUCAGACAGACCUACGCGUCUACCUCCACCUGCGGCAGACGUGGCUGGCGUUCAUGAUCAUCCUGUGCAUCAUGGAGGUGGUGAUCAUCCUGCUGCUCAUCUUCCUCCGCAAGAGGAUCCUCAUUGCCAUCGCGCUCAUCAGAGAGGCCAGCAGGGCUGUUGGUCACAUCAUGUCGUCGCUGCUGUUCCCGUUGUGCACCUUCUUCCUGCUCUGUCUCUGCAUCGCCUACUGGGCCAGCACCGCCGUUUUCCUCUCCACCUCCAACGAGGCGGUCUAUAAGGUGUUUAACGAGACGGCGUGCCAGUUUUCUGGGCAGACCUGCAAACCGGAGACCUUCAACACGAGCAACGUCACCAAGCUGUGCCCCGACGCCCAGUGCCUCUUCGCGUUCUACGGGGGCGAGUCGGCGUACCACAAGUAUCUCAUCGUCCUCCAGUUCUUCAACGUCUUCAUGUUCUUCUGGCUCGCCAACUUCGUGAUCGCGCUGGGCCAGGUGACGCUGGCGGGGGCCUUCGCGUCGUACUACUGGGCCUUCAAGAAACCCGAUGACAUGCCCGCCUUCCCCCUCUUCUCCGCCUUCGGCCGCGCACUCCGGUACCACACCGGCUCGCUCGCCUUCGGAUCUCUGAUCCUCGCCAUCGUCCAAGUCAUCAGGGUCACCCUGGAGUAUCUGGACCACAGGUUAAAAGCUGCAGAUAAUAAGUUUGCCAAGUUCCUCCUGAGCUGCCUGAAGUGCUGCUUCUGGUGCCUGGAAAAAUUCAUCAAAUUCCUCAACAGAAACGCGUACAUCAUGAUCGCCAUCUACGGCACCAACUUCUGCACCUCCGCCCGCAGCGUUCUUCCACUGCUGAUGAGGAACAUCAUCAGGGUGGCCGUUUUAGAUAAAGUCACGGAUUUCCUCUUCUUCCUCGGUAAACUCCUCAUCGUGGGAAGCGUCGGAAUCCUUGCCUUCUUUUUCUUCACCCACCGGAUAAAGCUGGUCCAAGACACAGCGCCGCCCCUGAAUUACUACUGGGUCCCUAUUCUGACGGUGAUCGUGGGCUCCUACCUCAUCGCCCACGGGUUCUUCAGCGUGUACGGCAUGUGCGUGGACACCCUCUUCCUCUGCUUCUUGGAAGACCUGGAGCGUAACGACGGUUCGGCCGAAAAGCCUUACUUUAUGUCGCCCGACCUGAAAAAGCUCCUGAAGAAGACGAACAAAGGUCAGUCGGACGCCUAG